AUGCGCAAUGGACCACCGAGCGUUGGUCCUGCGUCGGAGACCGACUAUGUGUCAUCAUUAUUGAAAGACUACUCUCUGGCGCUUACCAUGAACUUGUUUGUACUUUCCGACCUCUCCAACAUUCUCGUUCCGAUACCGGUGGCCCCCAACUUCAACCCUUGGGCGAAUCACUCUUCCUCGGACCCGUAUCAUGGGAGAAACUCCAGGGGCUCACUGUACUCCUACGAGCAAAACAGCGUGGUGCGGGAGGUUUUCAAACGUUGGAGUAUAGACCGGUCCUACGUUCCUCAGCGCUUCGUCUCGUUGGCUGAAGUAACUUCAUCCGCACCGCAUUCCUCUGCGCCGCUACCGCGUUUACCCUCCGAACCAGAUUCCACUCCGCCUUCAGCGCGCUCGCCCGCUGAGCCGGAUCUCAAGGUGUCUCCAACGUGGCCACCGCUUUCCACGCAGCUGCCCACGGAACCGGAACCCACUGUGCGUUCACCGCGACUACUCACUGCACCGGAUAUCCCCAUAGUGGGAAGACGCUGUUGCAAACGGAAGAGAGCACAACAAUGCGAUGACGAGGAAGAAUUCCUUCCUCAACCGAAGUGCAAAGUCGUGAAGACUUCCCCAUCACGAAAGUGCGCCUCCGAUGAGGCUUCCGACGAUGAGGCCUCCGACGAUGAGGCAUCCAACGACGAGGCAUCCAACGACGAGGCAUCCAACGACGAGGCAUCCCACGACGAGAUAUCCGAUGAUGAGGCAUCCGAUGAUGAGGCCUCCGACGACGAGGCCUCCGACGACGAGGCAUGCGACGACGAGGCAUCCGAGGACGCCGACGCCGACGGCGAUGACGAUGACCUCGACGAUGACGACUACGACGACGAGACAAAGCAGAAAGUCGCGAAUUCCAGGACGGCGAAGGUGGCUUUAUCGAGGAGAUCCAAGGCCGCCUCAUCGAGAGCAGCGAAAGCAUCCAUUACGGGUUACGAAUGCUUCUUCGGGGAUUGCCACAUGAAGUUCAAAUCCUCGAAAGAUAGGCUUAGGCAUCUGGACACUCACUUCGACCCAGUUUGGCACUGUCCGGGGUGUUCAAAACUGUUCUCGCGAAAGGACGCGCUUCUGCGUCACCUCAGGUCAAUGCCGGAUUGCUUGGAGCACGUCGCGUGUGGACCAGAUGGCGGUAUUGACUCGACGAAGCUGCCUGGUGCCCUUAUCUCACCUUGGAAGACCCCGCCCGGGAUCAAGAAGAUGAGAAUCCCUCCCCAGGGCGAUCCUGCUCGUGAUGUAGUCCUCAAACUGCGUCAGGAAGCUGGCCUCGAUUAA